AUGAAAUUCUUGUCAAUUAUAUCAAUAUCAAUUUCAAUACUAAGUUUUACAAAUGCAAUUGAUUCAACUAUAAAAGUUCAAGAUUCUAAACAAUUAGCUAAUGCUUUAAUUAAAAAAUCAGAAAAAAAUUCAAUAAUAAAUAAAAGAUAUGAAUUAGAUUAUUCAAUUUUUGAGAAAUAUAAGCAAGAUCAAGAUAAUGAAAAAGAAUGUCCACCAUGUUUUAAUUGUAACUUACCAAAUUUUGAAUGUACUCAAUUCUCAACAUGUAAUACAUUCACGGGGAUGUGUGAAUGUCAACCAGGUUAUGGAGGAUUAGAUUGUUCUGAACCAUUAUGUGGAUCAUUAUCACAUGGAAAUAAUAAAAGACCAAUAAGAAAAAAUAAUCAAUUAUGUAAAUGUGAAUCAGGUUGGUCUGGUAUAAAUUGUAAUUUAUGUGAAAGAGAUGAUGUUUGUGAUGUAUUUAUGCCAGAAGGAAUAAAAGGAACUUGUUAUAAACAAGGUAUAAUUAUAAAUCAAUUUCAUCAAAUGUGUAAUGUUACAAAUAAUAAAAUAUUAAAAAUAUUAGAUGGUAAAAUUCCACAAGCUACUUUUUCAUGUAAUAAAACUUCCGAAAAUUGUAAUUUUCAAUUUUGGAUAGAUCAAAAAGAAAGUUUUUAUUGUGAUUUAAAUAAAUGUAAAUUAGAUUAUGAUUUAGCCAAAAAUCAAACAAAAUAUAAUUGUGAAACUAUAGCAUGUAAAUGUUUACCAGAUAGAAUGCUUUGUGGUGAAGCAGGAAGUAUUGAUAUUUCAGAAUUUUUAACAGAAACUAUAAAGGGACCAGGAGAUUUUUCUUGUGAAUUAAAUGAUAAAAAAUGUAGAUUUUCAGAACCAAGUAUGAAUGAUUUAAUUCAAUCAGUUUUUGGAGAUCCUUUUAUUACAUUAGAAUGUAAAUCUGGUGAAUGUGUUCAUAAAUCUGAAAUUCCUGGUUAUGAUUUACCUCAAGAUCCAAAAUUAACUUUAGGUAAUAUUUUCCUGAUUAUUGGUGUAUUAUUAGUUUGCUUGUUGUUUGUGGUCACAAUCUUGAGGAAUAUUAAUGAAUCUGCAUUAUUUAAAAAAUCUGGUAAAAAUGGUUAUGAAUCGAUACCUGUUGAUUCAAAUCUAAUGAUGAAUUCAAAUUUUGAACCAACUACUUUAUCAUUUGAAAAUAUUAGUUAUAAGGUUAACAACAAAGAUAACAAGAAUGAACAACAACAAGUGUUGAAUAAUAUAUUUGGGUUGGUUAAACCAAGAGAAUGUUUAGCCAUUAUGGGUGGUUCAGGAGCUGGUAAAACUACUUUAUUAGAUAUAUUAGCUGGUAAAAAUAAAGAUGGUACUAUAUCUGGAGAAAUAUAUAUUAACGGGAAUGUUAUAGACACAAAACAUUAUAGAGAAAUUGUGGGUUUUGUUGAUCAAGAAGAUCAUUUAAUUCCAACUUUAACAGUUUAUGAAACAGUUUUGAAUAGUGCAUUAUUAAGGUUACCAAGAUCAAUGUCAUUUGAACAAAAACAAGCUCGUGUGUUGGAAGUAUUAAAUGAAUUAAGAAUUAUUGGUAUAAAAGAUAGAGUAAUUGGAUCAAAUUUCAAAAGAGGUAUUUCCGGUGGUGAAAAAAGAAGAGUUUCAAUUGCUUGUGAAUUAGUUACCUCUCCGUCUAUUUUAUUCUUGGAUGAACCAACUUCUGGAUUAGAUUCAUAUAAUGCAAGAAACGUUAUUGAUUGUUUGGUAAAAUUAUCAAGAGAUUAUGAUAGAACUAUAGUAUUCACUAUUCAUCAACCAAGAAGUAAUAUAGUUGCAUUAUUUGAUAAAUUAAUAUUGUUAAGUGAUGGUGAUUUAAUUUUUUCUGGUGAUAUGAUAAAAGCUAAUGACUUCUUUACAAAGAACGGAUAUAAAUGUCCUUUAGGUUAUAAUAUAGCUGAUUAUUUAAUUGAUAUCACAGUUGAUCACAACAAGAUAGUCAAAGUAUCAAAUGCUGAUUCAAAUAUAGUUACAGCAACAUCAACAGAUUUACAUGACUCAGAUAUACCUGAUGCUCAUCAUGAUUUUAUAACAAAUAGAUCAUCAAGUCAAGUAGAUACAACUCAGGAAUGGGAACAUUUUGCAAUUCAUCGUGAUGAAUAUAAUACUGAUAUUAUCGGUUCAAGAAAAACAGAAACUGGAGAAGAAGAAACUUUAUUAAGAUUAAGAAAUAAAUUACAUUCAUUAUUUAUUGAAUCUUCAUUAGCUAGAGAAUUAAUUGAUGAAAUAAAUGAAGGCAAAGAACAUCCAAAAGAAUUUGAUUUAAGAAAACAUGAUAUUUUCAAAAAAGCAACCAUGUGGCAACAAAUUGCAAUAUUAAGUUCAAGAACUUUUAAAAAUUUGUAUAGAAAUCCAAGAUUAUUAUUUGCUCACUAUUUGUUAAGUAUGUUGGUUGGAUUAUUUUGUGGAUACUUAUACUAUGAUGUUAAGAAUGAUAUUAGUGGGUUCCAAAAUCGAUUAGGUUUCUUUUUCUUUAUUUUGGCAUUUUUUGGUUUUAGUUCAUUAACUGGAUUACAUUCAUUUGCAACUGAAAGAAUCAUUUUCGUUAGGGAAAGAGCAAAUAACUACUAUAGUCCUUUAAGUUAUUAUUUGAGUAAGAUUAUAUGUGACAUUAUACCUUUAAGAGUAUUACCACCAAUCUUGUUGAUUAGUAUAGCUUAUCCAUUAGUUGGAUUAACUAUGGAACAUAAUGCAUUUUUAAAAUCUAUAUUAGUGUUGGUAUUGUUUAAUGUUGCCGUUUCAAUAGAGAUGUUGAUUGUUGGUAUAUUAAUAAAAGAACCAGGCACAUCAACCAUGAUUGGAGUUUUGUUGUUAUUAUUGUCAUUGUUAUUUGCUGGAUUAUUCAUCAAUAGUGAAGAUUUAAAUAUGCAAAUAAAAUGGUUAGAAUGGAUAUCAGUAUUCCAUUAUGCUUAUGAAUCCCUUUCAAUAAAUGAAGUUAAAGAUUUAAUGUUGCGAGAAAAGAAAUUUGGAUUAUCUAUUGAAGUACCAGGUGCUGUUAUAUUAAGUACUUUUGGUUUCAAAGUUGGUGCAUUCUGGCAUGACGUUUCUUACUUAGGUGGAUUAUCCGUUGUUUUCUUGGUAUUAGGAUAUAUUUUCUUAUAUUAUUUCACAAUUGAAAAGAGAUAG